AGUUUAAAACAUAGCGGGACUAUCACGCACACAACUCGUAUAAAAGCUACAUAUUUGUGAAAAUUGACUGCAAAAUGUCGGACUACGAAUUUGGAAUAUGUCCGUAUGAUAAAACCCACCGCAUUAUGCUGUUCCGGAUGCCCAAGCACAUCGUCAAGUGCCAGAAGAACUACCGCGGACCUCCACUGAAGAUCUGCAAAUACAACGCCACGCACCGCGUUUUGGACAUGGAGGAGCACCUGAAAGAGUGCCCAUACUAUCUCCGCGCCAUCGGCUACCAGUCUGUCCAGAUAGCACUCACCACUCGCAUUGCACCCAUCCAGGAAGAUGGACACGAUGUCAACACAGCACUAUAAACUGAGAUACUCCAGAUACCCCCAAUUAUAUAUCUUUAUACCAUAUAUAAUGUAUAUGACUUAAAAGAAGCUCCUUGAAGAAGCGCAUACAUAUGUAAAAUCAUUUUU